ACCUGAUGUUGAAUUAUGAUGAUGAUGAUGUUUGGUGAAGCUCCUCCCUCUUCAUCCUCCUCAGUGUCUUAUAGCUCCUCUCUCAUCUCUCUCCUCACAUCACACACUGACAUCAUGCUGAUCAUCUUCAUCAUCUUCAUCAUCACACCAUCAUGUGUGAGUGGAGUGACUGUACUGACCCAACCAUCAGAGCUCACAGUGAAUAAAGGAAAUAAAGUCACACUUAACUGUAAUCUGGGAUCUGUUGAAAAUUAUGCUGUAUGGUAUAAACAGAUUUCAGGAGGAGUUCCUCAGUAUGUGUUAUACUUUUAUCAUGGCGAUAGCUCACCUAGUUAUGGAUCUGGUUUCUCUGCUCCUAAAUUCACAUCAACAUCUUCAUCUAAAUCAGAUUAUAGUUUGAUCAUCAAUAAUGUAGAUGUGAGAGAUUCAGCUGUGUAUUACUGUCACACAUGGGACGACUCUGCUGAGGAGCACGUAUUCGGACAAGGAACAAAACUCAUUGUGACCGAUUCAGGUGUUUCUCCUCCUGUUGUGAAGAUUUUGCCUCCAUCCAGUGAAGAUGUGAGCUCCAGUAAAGUGACUCUGGUGUGUUUGAUCAAUGACAUGUCUGUGGGAUUUGCUGAUGUGAGUUGGUUUGUGAAUGGAAACUCAGUUACUGAUGGCGUCUUCACCGGAUCUGCUGAACAGCAGCCGAAUGAGAAAUUCAAGUUGAGCAGUUAUUUAACCAUUGAGAGAUCAGAGUGGGAGAAAGACAAAGAUCUCACAUGUAAAGUGACUGCUGCUGGAAAGAUCACAAACACAAAGAUCAAGAAAUCUCAAUGCAAUGAAUAAAUGCAAAGAUUUUUGUGUGCUGAUUGUUUGUUUUUAUGAAAGCAUGUGUUAAUAGAAACAAUUGAAUAUUUAACUAUGAGAUUGAAUUUCUGCAAACAUUUCUGCUUUUCAUUUUAUUGUAAUUUGAUUUCAAUCCUUAAUAAAUUUGAAUAAACUUCAUAAUAAUCAAA